UCCUUGAGCAGUUGAGCGCCUCCACCGCCGCCCCGAUUCGCAAAACCGCUGCGCAAGCCAUCGUCAUCCCUCUCCGGAUCGCCUGGAUUGCCUCGCCGACGCCGCCGCCCUCUAAUCCGCUCCACGCAUAGCCGCUUGCCCCGUCUUUGCGCCGGCCGCUGCUUCAUCCUCUGCCCCCGACUCCCAGCGUUUCGUGUCUCGACUCCUAUAAAAUCUUAUGGACGACAAGGGCAAGGGUAAGGCGAAGAAGGAAACAGAUGGCUCCGCUGCACCUGCUCCUCGAAAGGGGCUUAAAUUCGCACCAAAGAAGCCUCCAAAGAAACCCGCAAAGGUCGUCCCAAAAACGGAACCUGUUGAAGACAUCAAGGAUGAAAUCAUUGAUAAGGAAUUGUUGAUGAAACUUAAGAUAUCACUGAGCACUGAUCCCUUCGGAAGACCACUGAACAUUGUGAAAAAAGAAGAAAUCCAUACGCAGGUUGCAUUUGGGCAAGAGAACUCUCCCUACGCAAGAUCUUUUCCUACACGACAUUAUUCAAAAGCGUCAAAGGCACCAAAAGAAUAUGUCGAUCCAUGGGACUAUACCAAUAGGGAUUAUCCUGUUACUCUCCCUCUUAGGAGGCCUUACUCUGGAGAUCCUGAGAUUCUUGAUGAAGAGGAGUUUGGAGAGUCCUCUGCCAGCAGAGCUCAGGAUGGUGAACUAACCGCAGCAGAAGAACUUGGAUUAAUGGAUCGGUCCGACACACCACCGCUGCUCUUGUUCCUGUUUCCUAAAUCUCUUCCUUUACUAAAGCAAGCACAAUCUGUUGAAGAGCCAAAUACAGGCAACAAGGAUAAUACUGGACCUGCAAGCACAAUCUCUAAGUUGGCACACGAGAAAAUCACUGGCUCUAAGAUCAAUGAUUUGCCAGGAGGUCUCAUGGGAAAGAUACUCGUAUAUAAGAGUGGUAAAGUGAAGAUGAAGAUUGGAGAUGCAUUAUUUGAUGUCUCCCCUGGCGUCAACUGCAAGUUCGUCCAGGAUGUUGCAGCGAUUAACAUCAGAGAAAAUCACUGCUGCACGCUGGGAGAGAUCAGUAAGAACGCAGUUGUAACCCCGGAUGUUGCCCAUCUGCAGGAUUCUGUUAACAGAAUGGAAGAAUAAGCCUAUGUUUGCAAGAGUAGCCUGCGAGCUUUCUUGCCCUUCCUGCCUGUUAGGGUGAGAUUUAUUUCUUGUUAGUAUUGUCAAUCUUUGUGUUUUUAGUUAAAAUUACACUGAACGACAGCUGAAUUGGUCAGUACUCCCUCCGUUCCGUAAUUUUUGUCUCAAAUUUGUCCAAAAACGGACGUAUCUGUUCCUAAAAAAACGUCUAGAUACAUAAAUACAUGUAAUAUUUUGACAAGAAUUAUGAACCUGAGAAGUAUUUCACAAA